CUUAUUCACCAGGGCCCCUGAUGGUGGGGAUGGACUUGGAGCAGACAGGAACCAGGUUGCGGCCCCUGAGUACACCUGCUAGUGGUAGAGGGAUCCGCCAGAGGUAUGUGCAGGAUGGAUGGAUGGCAGAGUAGUUAGCGUGGUCAGACGGGCCAAGUCAGCAACGUGCGGGCAGCAAGGUACCAAAGGAGCAGGCAGAGAAUGGUCAAGGUCACAAGCCGGGUUCAGUAACUCACGGGCAGCGUGGUACAGGGGAUCAGGCAGAAGGAUGGUCAGGCAAGCCAGGGGUUCAACAGGAGACGGUCAGCAGAGGUCAGGAUCAAGCCAGGUCAGCAACGAAGCAGGAACACAAGAUACCAGGUACAGAAGCUCAUGGGAAAACAUACACCAAGGCCCAGAUCACAGG